AUGGCAACCGAAGCUGUGUACGGUAGCUGGGACAGUCCCAUCACUCCGGAUCUCUUCGGAAAAUGCAAUUGCAAAACGAUUUGUGAAAUGCAAGUAGUCGGAGAAAACGUUUACUGGAUUGAGCAGAAUGCGGUGACCGGCAAACGAGAGCUCUAUUCGAAACCGACGAAAGGAGAGAAAAGAACUCGUUGGGCAGAUGGAUUCUCUGUCCAAACGGCCGUUCAUGAAUACGGAGGAGGUGCUCUUCAUGUGUUGAAUGAUGGUUCUGUGCUUUUUGCCACCAUUGAAGGUGUAUUCUAUCAAAAGUCGGCUGAUUCUGGAGUGGAGCAAUUGGCGGAGGCAAAUAAUCGAACUUUUAGAUUCGCUGACUUCUCUGCCACCGACUCCCACGUCUUCUGUGUCAAUGAGAAUCAUCAGGGUGAUGCAAAGUUCCCAGAGAACCGUCUAAUCUCUAUCGAUCGUUCCACAAAGAAUCAAAACGUUGUCGCGAAAGGAGCAGACUUUUACGCGUACCCAAGAGUCUCUCCAGAUGGAAAUAAACUGGUUUGGAUGCAAUGGAGUCAUCCGAAUAUGCCUUGGGAUGAGACAUCAAUCAGAAUGGCUGAUUUGAAAGGAGGAGAGCCUAGCAAUGAGAUGAUUCUGAAGGAUGGAGGUGGAAAACAAAUCAACUAUUCUGAGCCCACUUGGGAUGGUGAUGAGCUGUUAACUGUGAAUGAUAGUACGAACUGGUGGAAUGUGUAUCGUUCGGCUGCCGAACCGAACGCUGUGGAGAAGAAUCUGAAUCCAAUUCAACGAGAAAUCAGUUACCCACUCUGGCAACUUGGAUUCAGAAACUAUGUUCUCAAUAAGAAAUAUCUGGUAAUGAAUGCUGAUGGAAUUCUUUAUGUUCGCUCUGAAAACGUCACUGUGGAAAUCCCAACACCGGGAUACACCGUAUUCGGAUACCUCUCCCUCGAUCCCAAUGGAUCUGAGGUGUUUGCAAUCGCUUCAGGACCCAAACGUGCUUCCAGUGUCAUCUCUAUCGAUCUCUCCAAUCCCUCUUUUCCACUGAAGGUUCAUCGUGAAUCCAGAGAUUCUUCAGAAAUCGACGCACUCGAAAUCUCGGAACCCGAAGAGUUUGUAUUCAAAUCUGACGGUGUCAACGUCUCCGGAUACUUUUAUCCACCAAAGAACUCUGCAUAUUCUGCACCAGCUGGGACACUUCCACCAGUUCUACUUCUAGGACACGGUGGUCCCACUGCACCAGCACAAAACAAUUUGGAUCUCAAGAAACAGUUCUUCACAUCUCGCGGAAUCGCAGUGUUCGAUGUCAACUACCGUGGAUCGACUGGAUUUGGAACUGAAUUCCGGAGAAUGCUUUAUAAGAACUGUGGAGUUGCUGAUAGGGACGAUAUGUUAAAUGGAGCUAAAGCACUGGUCGAGCAGGGAAGAGUCGACCCAGACAAGAUUUUGAUUACUGGAAGUUCCGCUGGAGGAUAUCUCAUCCUCAGCUGUCUCAUCUCCCCGAACAACGUCAUCAAGGCUGCUGUAUCUCUUUAUGGUGUUGCAGAUCUUCUUGCUCUAGAUGAAGACACUCACAAAUUGGAGAAGAGCUACAACGAACUACUCAUCGGAAAGUAUCCAGAAGAAGCGGCUAUUUAUCAGGAACGUAGUCCGAUCUACCAUAUUGAUAAGAUCCGUACCCCUAUCGCCUUCUUGCAUGGAAAAGAGGAUACCGUUGUUCCGAUGAACCAAUCUGUGACCAUGUUCGAAAAAGUGCGAUCUUCCGGAGUCACGACAGCUCUUCAGUUGUACGAUGGAGAAGGGCAUGGAUUCAGAAACGGACAAGUUAUCAAGGAAAGCACAGAAGCAACUUUCUACUUCCUCAUGAAAGCCGUCGGAAUUGAGCCAUCAAUUAGUUCAAAGAUUGAGAUUUUUAACCCAAAGCUUUAG